AUGGAGAUCAUCAAGGCAGGGGUGAAGAGGAAACGAUACGAACCUCCGCUGGAAGAACUUAGCGUUCGAAUAGCGGGAAAGAUUCACCAUGAAAAGAAGGAGGUGUACAGAGCAUCGAAAAGAGCUAAAGUCUUCGAGACUCAGAAAGUGGUCAAGAGACUGAAGGACUUACGGAAGAAGAACGAGGACUCUAAAGGGAUUGAGGCUCUCGAAGGAGAAUUGGAUUCUCUCAAGGGAAUUGAUCAUGACGCAGUCGGAAAUUCCGCUUUCCGAUCCAAAGUGCGCAAGGACCCUACUCUUCGGGACAACGACCACAUUAAAGCAGCCAUCGCGAAAAAACUAGAGAAUUACCUCUGUGAUCCUGCUGAACUAGGAACGACGCUAUCCAAAAUACAAAGCCGCCUUCUGAGCUCAAAAAUCCUCGCCACCCAAGUAGCUGCAUCGGUGGAAUCCCUCAAGGUUCUCCUGAAUCCCGCGCUUAAACGACACAAACCCGACGAUUUAGCCCAUUCGACCUCUUCUCCUCUGGGGCGGCCAUCGAAAGCACAGAAAGAUACUCACUCCAACGGCAACCUCAUGCAGGCUAAGCCCAAAUCAGAGCUCGAGAAUGACGACCUGUCGGAUGGUCCCGACGAAGGAGGCUGGGAGUCCGGUAGCAUCGAAGAAGCUGGGUCCGAUAACGGCUGGGAAUCAGGUUCCAUCGACAGCAAUGUACCUGAUAAUCGCCAACAGAGCACCAGCAGCGGAGAUGACGAAAGCGAAGAUGAAGCAGCCUCGUAUCAGGAGUCGGAGUCUGACUCUAGCAUCGGUGCGACGAAAGUCAAGCAGACUGCCAAACUCGAACCUCAAAACGCCAGCGCCGCUAAGUCUGCCAAAAUGACCUUAACGGCGGAGUCUACCUUCCUACCCUCGCUGUCCGUGGGGUUCAUUCGGGGUUCCGACGAUUCUGACUGGAGCGAAACCGAAGGCAAGGCAGCUGACAUGCCGAAGAAGAACAGACGCGGCCAAAGAGCCCGUAGAGCGAUAUGGGAAAAGAAGUUCGGGCGAAAUGCGAACCACAAGAAGAAAGAGGCUGAAGAACGCGCUCUUGUGCUAUCUCGUAAAAAUAAGGGUCACACGAGCGUUAUUAACACAGGAUCUAACGCCAUCCAUUCUACGAGAACACCCUCGGGUCAUGGUCCACCCGGGUCCACAGGACCGAAUCCGAAGAGCAAAAAUGCCCCACGUCAGCAGCCUGUCGACGGAGGAUGGGGUAGCCGCUCUACGAACACGAUGACGAGUCAGAAACUCCCGGGCGCCAAAGAUAAUAGCAAACCUCUACACCCGUCAUGGGAGGCGAAAAGAAAGCUCAAAGAGAAGGAAAGCGUCGGCAUUGUUCCAAGUCAGGGGAAGAAAAUUAAAUUCUCAUAG